UAAACGGAUAGUACGUCUCGGUAUUGCUCAGUACGUGUUUCUGUACUCUAACUAGGAAGUCUCUUUAUACUAUUCUAGAAGCGAAAAUAUAUACGAAGGCAGUCGUCAGUCGUCGUUGAGACAGCGUUAUUCGCGUUUGUUACCGCAAAUUUUGCAACUAUUUGUGACAUAGAGUGCGAUGUAACGCGUAAAUUCAAUCAGAUCUUACAUCGAGAUUAGGCAGGAUCAUGGCAAGAUCCACCGAUCGGGAAAUGCUGAAACGAAAACGAUGCAGAAAGGACCUUGACAAAUUACAUUCGAAGAUCUUAAAAGCCAAGAAGAAAUUGGAUAAUGUGGGGAAAUAUGAUGGUAAGGAUAGACAAAGAAGACAAGGAAAAAUUUGUUCCAGGCUUCUGCCGAGAGCUGCUAUUGGCAUAUACAGAAAUGGUGCAAAGAGCAAAAACAUCCAAAAAGGAACAUCGGCAAGUACGUUUAAUAGAGCUCGGCUAAAAGCAGAUGCUUUAAAGCUUUUUAAUGGCGAUACCCCAGAGUUCAAAUAUGAAGAAGAGCUUUCAACUCAUAAUGAAACUACUAAACAAUCACCAAAUAAGAAUUUUGUAAAAAAUAGUUUAAAGUUCUGGACACCAGGCAGUAUCCUGGAGCAAAGUCCCAUUUUGCAAAAAAAACAAAGUAAAAAUCAAAAGCCAUAUCUUGUUAAAAAGAAAAGUGAGGAAAAUUUUUUUGAAAACUUUGAUUCUGAUAAAAUUUCAAAACAAAAUGUUAAUAAUGGAUCAAAAUAUGUUGCUCAAAAAGAAAGCAUAUAUAAGCAAAAGCUGUUUCAAAAUGAUAAGGAGCAACCAAAAACUACUCAGAAACAAAUAUUUGAAAAUAUCGAUUUUAAAGAAGAAAAUAGAACGCAACAAACAUGUGAGGAUAAUAAAAGUACAUCCAGGAUAUUAAAGCACUACAGAGAAGCCUGCAAAAUAAACUCUGCCAUAAGUUUCGAAGAUUUUUUACAGAAUUAUCAACCAGAUCCUCUUACAACAAUAAUUAAAAAAUUGAAGCAUAUUUAUUCUAAUUCUUUACAUGAACAAUAUUUACAUGGAAAGAAUAGAUUAAAAACUAUGAAAUCAUCUAAAUUGUCUGUAGAAAAUCAAACUUGUACAUAUUUAGAUGACUUGCAAAUAUCACCAAAAUCGACCUCAACUGUUGAAUAUGAAGUCCCUAAAUGUAACGAAAAUCGCACAAUCUCACCUUUUUUAAAAGAUAUACCUAAGGAGGAUGACAAAAUUAAUUUCUUGCAAAAUGAUAAUAUAGAGCCUUAUGAUUCCAUAUCUCAUUCAUCGCAGAAUAUUUUAGAAGCAUAUGAUACAAAUGACUGUAUAAUAAAUCGCAAGAAUAACGAUAAUCAAUAUUCAAAACAAUUACCAAAUAUUCAUCAAUCUAAGAGAGUAAGUUUUAAUUCUGUGAAUGAAAAAGAUUUUGUCCGAAAGCAUUCCAAUUAUACUAAUCAGCCUUCGAAAAAUAAACGACAUAAUAAAAAUAAUUUUUAUGUCGAUUUUCUUGAUCAUGAUGAAAAUUCACAAUACAUUGAUAACACGAAACAAGCAGAAAUUUCAACUUUUUCAAGCGAUUCCAUGUUACUCGCCAAGAAAUAUUCAUCAAAAAAUGAUGUUAGCAAAGAAUCACCAAAUAAUAUUUUUGACAGAAUAACAAAUAAGUGUAAUGCAAAGAAUAUUAAGCGACCUGUCAUUCUUCGUCGACAUAAUAAUGUUACUGUUAUUAAGGAUAAUCAUUCUGUACAAAAAAAUGAUGAAGACUUAUUUUAUAAGAAGAGUUAUAUGGAAAAAGUAUAUGAGCAAUUUGGAAUCAACAUAAAUAAUAAAAAUCUGGAUAACAAUAGACAUGCUUAUGUUGAUUCUUCUCGUCAACAAUUUUUACACGAAAAAAAUAAACAAGAAUUGGAAAUCGUGAAAUCACCUGAUCUGCCUGUGGAAUAUCAAGCUUGUAUAUAUUCAGAUGUUUCGCUAGUAUCACCAAAUUCGAGCUCAAUCUUUGAAAUCGAUUGUGAAACUCCUAAAUAUAGAAAAAAUCACACAAUCACAUUUCCUUUAAUAAGAAAAACAUCUCAGAAAGAAAACAAAUUCCAUUUGAUGCAAAGUAAUAAAAAUCGUUAUAAUGAUAUUACAAAAGAAUCUUAUGAAAUGCAAUUUCCAAAUGCAUCUGAAAAUUUUCCUACGCCUAGUAUAAUAAACGCACAAUUUAUGAAUUUUCAUGAUCGAACAAAAAUGUUUGAGUCUCAAAAGCGAUCAAUGGAAAUAAAAGAUUCACAAGAGUCACUAGUAGAAAAAUUUGAUAUAAAUAUGCAUCCUAACAAAUUAAAUGGAAGAAACAAAUCAUGUCAAUUCGAUGAUUCUUUGCAAACUUUGGAAGUUUCAUAUAAUACAAAUGCAUAUAUCGAACGAUUAGCUCGAAAACAAGAAGAUUUACCGAAAGUAAAAGAACAUCUUUUUCAUUCACAUAAUUAUAAUGCAAUUAAUUAUUUACGAGGCGCAAACCCUUGUAAUUUCAAUGUAAAACCAUCGAAAACAUUAUCUCAACAAACUAAAUUACAUACAUGUGAAAGGAACGAUAGCAAACAAGAAUUUUUACAAAAAAAUCCACAUAAUCGGAACCAAAAUGUUCUUUUAAACAAUAUCAACGCAAGAGCGAUAUCUUCAACAUUAAACUUCCAGAAUAUUCAAACCGACAAAAGAUUUGGAGAAUCUACAUGUAAAGAAAUAUUUAGUAAAGCAGAUGUAGAAUGCGCUAGGAAUCGAGUUAAUUUAAGUCAUUGUAAUGAACAGUAUUUGGAUACUACCAGAUGUCAACAUAAUUUCUCAACGCAUCAUUUUGAUAAAAGAGCCUUGCAAACGAUGGUACAACCCAGAAUCUUACACGAAGAUCAUAAUUGCAACAGGGAUAAUUGCAUUAAUUCAUCUAAUGAUGUACCAUUAUUGUUACUGCAAAAGCAUAAUGCAUAUACGUACCCGAAAGUAAUCGACGAUCAGCAUUGCUCUGUGAUGCUACAAAAUAUUGCUCAACCUAUAAAAUAUUUAGCUUUAAACAACAAUUCGGAUAUCCAACGAAUUCCUGUGUAUAUAAAUGAGAAAAACGUUAUAGAAAAUGUCCCACUAAAAGUAAUAACGCUAGUAAAACCAAAUGCUCAAACGGAAGAACUCUAUUUUCACAAGAAAUACAAUUUACGACGUGAAUAAUAUUAUUGCAAACGGAUGAUUUGUAGUUUGAUAAUCUUGCAAUAUGUAAGACUAACAAUUAAUCUUUUAUAAAGCAUUUAGAUUUUGUGAUAGUGUUUAAUCCAAUAUUUAAUCACUAUUUAAUAUAUGGUCUUCGAAGUUGUAAUAAGAAUUGGUGUGCAAUUUAUCAUAAUGUGAUUAACAAAGCAAUGAAAGCAUAUCGGUUAUAUUUCUUGCAGAAAGUUAUUACAAACAUAAAAGCUUGUUUUAUUAAGAUAAAAGUUAUGUUUAGAAAGGCAAAAAAAUACGCUUAUAUAAAUCUAAUUAUUCUAUAUUCUAUUUUGAAUUAAUC